GUGUGUGUGUGUGUGUGUGUGUGUGUGUGUGUGUGUGUGUGUGUGUGUGUGUGUGUGUGACGGGGAGGUGUGACAGGAAGCGGCAGUCAGUCAGUGGGAGGGAAGUGGCCGUGGCGGGCUGGUGGCGGUGACAGCGGCAGCGACACGUGCACCAAGCAGCAACGACAGCUAGUCUAUCAGAGGCUGGAACAGACACAGACAGGCGUCCCGCUCGCCACACCAACUCAGCCUCGUCUCCCUCCAAGCAAGCAAACCUCGCCGCCAUCGCUGCCUAAACUUAAAUGGUCCCGAAAUUGAAAGACGAGAAAAGUUCGCCGGUUAACGGGAUUGAGUGAAGUGAGCCAGAACGCGGUGCGGAGUUAACCCAAACCUGAUGAUGAAGUGUGGGAAGCGUCCACCCAUGAUGGUGUAUGGCAAUGUGGGCGGGACACGUUGUUACUUGCCUCACUGAACGAUGCCAGACAUGAGUGAGAGGCGCCGUGGCCUGAGUCAUGACGCAACCGCCUUAACAGCGCAGCUGAGGCAAGCCAAACACUCUAAGCACCACAGGCACGGCGUGGCGUGGGUGAGCUGCCCGCUGGCCUCCCUGGCAUGUUCGCUGCUGCUGCUGCUGUCGCCGAUGUGCGAGGCUCGGGGCAGGCUGGUGGACCCACCCUCUCGAGCCUCCAUGUGGCGAUACGACUUCAGCAACCCAGUGGACUUCAACGACGACCGUGUGGACUGUGGAGGGUUCGCGCGACAGUGGAGGGAGAACCAAGGGCGGUGCGGUGUGUGUGGCGACCCCUGGGACCUGCCAGAGCCGCGUCCUCACGAGACCCGUGGCAGGUACGCCCGGGGGAUCAUAGUGCGCAACUACACGCAAGCACAGGCGGUGGUGGUGGAGGUGGAGGUGACAGCGGUGGGCAGCGGCCACUUCGAGUACCAGCUGUGUCCGCGAGCCAGCGCCUGGACACAAGAAACACAGCAAUGCUUCACACACGCCCUCAAGGAUGACUUGGGCCGGAGCCAGAUCCCCGUGAACGUGACCCAGAAAUUUGCACGCCUGAGACACGUGCUGCGCCUUCCCCAGGAGGUGGUGUGCCUCGCCUGUAUCCUGCAGUGGAGGUUUGUGAAGGGGGGACGCGCAGGCCGUGAAGAGUACCGGGCUUGUGCUGACGUUACCAUCAGUCCCGUCUCCGCAGACGUCAUCACCCUGAGCAGCACAGCUGUCACCACCACCACCACUGACACCACCACUACCACCACCACCACUUCUCCCGUCACUGACACCACCACCACCACUGACACCACCACUACCACCACCACCACUUCUCCCGUCACUGACACCACCACCACCACUGACACCACCACUACCACCACCACCACUUUUCCCGUCACUGACACCACCACCGCAACCACUGCCACGGACGCGGGCACGAUCUCAAGUAUCACAGCCAAGGAAGGAAUCACUGAACCACUUCCUACAACACCAACAAGACAAAGCCUCACUGUUUCACACGGGUUCGCUUCCGCGUCCUCCUCACAGUCUCCUGACAUCAACUUUUCUGGCUUUCUGCUCGCAACUCGCAAACCGGCACUCAAUUCCCAGAGGCCACAGGGAGACGCGCCUCCCACACACACAAGAAGGAACGACCUGGUGCAGAAUGACAGGAGUGACGCUGAUAAGAGUGGCUCCAGGUCUCACCUCUCCGCCUCACCUCACACUGCCGCCAUAACUACAAUACUGCUGUUCCUUAUCAAUGUUCUUUGUUGUCUUUUCUCAUCACCCUGAGUUGAUGAUAUAGAUACAAGUAUAUUUCAUUCUAGAGUGUGUAUAGAUUUUGUGUGUUUAACUGCUUACCUUAUGGCACUGUCAAUAGGAAAAGAUAAUAUAUAUAAAUGAAUAGUAGGUACUACUUUUUUUUUUUCUUAAAUUAUAUAAUAGCCUCUGCAAUGAAGAGCUUAGGAAUGAAAAUGACGAAGUGCUUUAAUCCUAGCUCACCCCUACUGUAUCUUGGGAUGGAAACGCUAAUGUUACCUCAAUAUAUUUACAUACUGUGUCAGUAAAUGAAUAGCUACAUCCCAGCAUACUAUUGUCAGCAUGACCACGUACUUGUUGCGCGAAUGAGUGAUAUUACGUAGACGACUUCCAUUGUCUGUGCCUCACCAUAGUGUUUUGCGUCAAAUGCCUACCUACAUUGUGUGAGCAAGUGUUAGUUGAAAUAUAAUACAAUGCUAACUCAACGUAAGAGUUUUUUUCUUUAUCCCUACUGAGGAAAUCAUUAAAGUGUAUUUUCUAAAUCUCUCACUAUCUGUGCCUCACUCUGCAUCAAAUGGCCUAUAUAUACCUAUAUAUCACAAUGUGUGAACAAAUUGUAAUUGUAAUACAUUAUUGAUUAAA